ACGUUUCACUUGAGUCACAGGUGGAUAACGGAGCACAAGCAACUGCCCAGCACAACGAAUCAAACUGCCACUCGGGGAGGAUCAAAGCCUAAUCCAGGAAACACAGAGCCAAUCCCAGGAUUUAGUGAGAAAUAGAGAUCCAGUUACACAAUGUCUCCCCGUGUCUCCCCCACAGUCGUCUGCCUCGUACUCUGCACCCUCUUUGUCUUGGGUACCAGCACCAGUUCUACUCUAGAUCCCACCUUUUCUACUACAGCUACACCUGAUACUGAUACUACUCAUACUACUAACAGUACUGCAACUCCUGAUACUACCCAUACUACUAACAGUACUGCAGCUCCUGAUACUACCCAUACUACUAAUAGUACUGCAUCUCCUGAUACUACUCAUACUACUAACAGUACUGCAUCUCCUGAUACUACUCAUACUACUAACAGUACUGCAGCUCCUGAUACUACCCAUACUACUAAUAGUACUGCAUCUCCUGAUACUACCCAUACUACUAACAGUACUGCAACUCCUGAUACUACUCAUACUGCUAACAGUACUGCAUCUCCUGAUAUUACUCACACUACUAAUAGUACUGCAACUCCUGAUACUACCCACACUACUAACAGUACUGCAUCUCCUGAUACUAUUCAUACUACUAACAGUACUGCAUCUCCUGAUACUACCCACACUACUAAUAGUACUGCAACUCCUGAUACUAGCCAUACUACUAACAGUACUGCAACUCCUGAUACUACCCAUACUACUAACAGUACUACAUCUUCUGAUACUACCCAUACUACCAACAGUACUACAAAUCCUAAUUCUAGUAUCUCCCAUACUACUAACAGUACUGCAUCUCCUGAUACUACUCAUACUAUUAACAGUACUGCAUCUACUGAUACUACCCAUACUACUAACAGUACUGCAUCUACUGAUACUACCCAUACUACUAACAGUACUGCAUCUACUGAUACUACCCAUACUACUAACAGUACUGCAUCUACUGAUACUACCCAUACUACUAACAGUACUGCAUCUACUGAUACUACCCAUACUACUAACAGUACAGCAUCUACUGAUACUACCCAUACUACUAACAGUACUGCAACUCCUGUUACUACCCAUACUACUAACAGUACAGCAUCUACUGAUACUACACAUACUACUAACAGUACUGCAACUCCUGUUACUACCCAUACUACUAACAGUACUGCAUCUACUGAUACUACUCAUACUACUAACAGUACUGCAUCUACUGUUACUACCCAUACUACCAACAGUACUGCAACUUCUGAUACUGCUACCACCCACACUACCAUCAGUACUGCAUCUUCAAAUACUGGCAUCACACAUACUACAAAUAGUACUGCACCCCCCAAUACUGGUGCCACCUCUACAAUCAAGACUAUUGCAUCCAGUGCUAGCACACUGCCUGUACAGAACACAACUGCUCCGAAUAGUAACAUCUAUGUGAGCAUAAGACUACUCACAGAUUAUGUCACCGCUUAUACUGAUUCAACCUCUCAGGAAUACAAGACUUUGGAGAAUAACAUUGUGCAAUUUUACAAUGACACGUUUGCUUGCUCAGCUUGUAAAACAAAAAGUACCUAUCGAGGAGCUACACUCCUUACACUUGAACCUGGUUCAGUUAUCGCCAACACUAGAUUGUCCUUCAGCGACCAAGAAACUCCGACCAACGUCAAGAGUUUAAUAGAUGCACAAUUAUCUCAAACGAACAGCAUGAUUGGAGGGAAUAAAGUAUCAGAUGUCCUAACAAGUAGAUCGCCCAUAGUCAGUACGACCACAGGUCCAUCUGUGCCAGGCUGGGGAAUUGCUCUACUUGUUCUGAUGUCGGUCAUUGUGUUGAUUGCCUUCAUCUUCAUAAUAGUCAUGAUAACCAACCAAUGUCGUCGUAACAACAGUGGUUUCAUGGAUGUGUUUUCCACUCGAAACUCGUACCACACCAUGAACGACUAUACAUCUUAUCAAACACAUGGACGCUACAUUGCACCCAACAAAUAUAAUGAGGCUGGCAACGGGGCAAAAAACAAGUUUUCCUACACAAAUCCAACUCUUGAAACCAAUGACUUGUAAGGUGGAACAGAAGAGGAGAAUUGUGCUCCCCAGGGGAGCUUGCCUUAAACCUACGCCCCUUGCUGAACUUUCCCUUGAAAUGGACUCAAUGCCGGAGCCGUUACACAAAAUAGUAUAUUUCCUCUGUGGACACAGUGAUAAGACCAUGGACUAAUGACGUAUCCUCCAGCAAUAACAAGCAAGUCCUUCUGGCUGUAGAACGGAGAGCCAUAAAAAUGAACAUUUGGACCGAAGUUCUCUUUCCCAAUCUGUCAUCGUAUGAAUGAAAAGUAAAAGCAGUUUUGGCUGUUCUGGCAGCCAGGUCAGAAAGUGAUGAAAUAAAUGGGGGACUGGAGGCCUUGCCUCACUGGUCACGAGGAACUCCUACUAAGCUAAUGAUCUCCGUAUGAAUAGCCGCCUGCCUUCCAAGAGUUGCCUGGACUCACCACUAUCAGUAACCCGCAGCUCCAUUGUUCCACUUGGGUUUCUCUGCUUUGCAUUUGCUCCAUUGACUCAGAAUAGGAAGUUUGUCCUGUGCUCCUCUAGCCAUAGUCUUGGGCUUGGGCCGAGGAGCACAGAACAGACUGGUCCUAUGAAUAGUAAUCCCUUGUGUCCCAGCAAAAUACACGUCAUUCCCCCCUUACACUGAGGCUAAUGUGCUGCUUUACCAGUAUGUUCCGGAUGCAGGAUCUGGAGAAUCCCAUACUCUUUCUUUAAUGGGUGAAUGAUGGGUCCCUGCACCCCAGGCUUUGUAUAUAAGACUUUUUAUGAAACACGUGAGAGGGAGAGGAGCACAGAAGUGCCAACAUCAAUCAUUGUAAGUUUUGGUUUGUUUAACUUGCACAGUCAGGGCAAGACGAGGAAAACCAGUACACGUCUAAUUCUCCUAUACCCACAAGCACACUUUGUACAUAUUGCCAUUGAAAUACAUAAAUCUCUGUUCACUCUGUUAACUCUGUGCCCAGCCUCUGGCAUUCAUAGCCCCAACCUAAUAAUCAGGCCAAAGCUCAUUCUCGUUUGAUUUCAGCUAAAAUGCCGUUGGGUGUUAACAGUUAGUCAUAUGCCAAUAAGUUCUGGUCGGAGCCCCCUUUAGCUGAGUGAGAAGGAAACACACAGGAGGGCUCUCUGGAUACGGAAAUGUUUCAAGAAAAUACAAACUGCCCUGGAAAUUAGUGGCCACAAUACAGGCCCUGACCCCCCAUCUUUCCAGCAUUGGACAGUAGGGUGCCAUGUUUGUUGGGCAUUGCCAUUCCUGACAGCAGAAACCUUACUUCAUAUACAACGAGAUAAUCAGUGUUAUCAGCUGUUACCCUGAGAGAUUGUGGGGUAAAUACAACUUAUUGUCAUAAUAUUCCAUUUUGGCUCAAAAACGUAAUAUCCAGCCUCAGCCAUAGAUAAAUACACAAAUACAUAAAUACAUAAAUACAUAAAUACAUAAAUACAUAAAUACAUAAAUACAUAAAUAAUAUAUACACACUAUGGCAACUCUCUUGCACAUCCUCAAUAUCCCUCUGUCCUGUAUGUAGAGCUAUUUCUGUAUUUAUAUAAAAUAUUUGUAUAUCUGUAUGUUUGCUAAAUUAUGUGUUUUCAUGAUGAUUUGUUGGAAAAUAAAACCAUGAAAGAA